GUCUUCUGGUUCUAGACAGAUUUUCGUCCUGUUCACCAAUUUCCUGCAUCUCGUGCAACUGAAUUACUCACAGGUGAGCAUUCACUCCUACUCGAUCUAUUUUGCCCCCCAUUCCUGCUGCACGCGGACAUUAUUGGCCAGGCGAAUUCGUAUCGCGGCGCUGCCCCCCCCGGCGAGAGAUUUCGAAUCUAUCGAUGCUCGCUUACCCAUUCCCGCGCAUUCUUGAUAAAUACUAAUCUCUGGGUACGCGGUUACUGAUAUUUCUUCAAUUGCAGGAGGCGCAUCCUUAUCAUUACUUUCACACACCCCACAUCCAUAAUCUCACAACAUGUCUGACGAACAAAAGCCCGUCGCCCAGCCCAAUGCUGAGGCUGAGAAGGAUGUUCAGAACGUUCUGGCCGAGUUGAAGGGUGAGAGCACCGAGGCCGCCGCUCCUGCUGUUGCCGUUGAGGAGACGAAGCAGACCGACGAGGCUGCCGAGGAGGCCCGUAUCGUGGAGGCGGCCGCCAAGCUGGGCGAGAAGUCCGCCCAGGCCGAGGAGCAGAAGCAGGAGAGCAAGAAGCAGGAGCAGCAGCAGCAGGGUCGCGGAGGCCGCACCAACUACCGUAACAACGUCAAGUUCGACCCCUCCAGCCAGGAGGUGACCAGCGACCCCGUCCAGAUCCGCAAGCAGGUCGAAUUCUACUUCUCCGACUCCAACCUCCCCAUGGACAAGUUCCUGCUCUCCAAGGUCGGCGGUAGCAGCAACCGCCCCGUCUCCCUCGAGCUCCUCCACUCCUUCAAGCGCAUGCGCCGCUUCCAGCCCUUCAGCGCCAUCGUCGAGGCCAUCAAGUCGUCCGAGACCGUCGAGCUCACCGACAACGACACCUGCGUGCGCCGCAAGACCCCCCUGCCCGAGACCGUGACCGAGAACCACAACCCCACCGUGGUUCGCGUGUUCGAGGACAAGGCCAUGAACCGCAGUGUCUACGCCAAGGGCUUCGGCGAGGAGGGCCCCACCACCCAGCUCGAGAUCGAGGAGUUCUUCGCCCCCUACGGCCCCAUCAACGCCAUUCGUCUCCGCCGCUCCUACGACAAGACCUUCAAGGGCAGCGUCUUCGUCGAGUUCGAGUCCGAGGAGAAGCAGCAGGCCUUCCUCGCCCUGGACCCCAAGCCCAAGUGGAAGGAGCAGGACCUGCUCAUCAAGAGCAAGAAGGAGUACUGCGAGGAGAAGGCCCGCGAGAUCGAGGCCGGCCGCAUCAAGCCCAGCGGCGGCCGUGGACGUGGCGGUCACCACCGUGGUGGCCGUGGCCGCGGCGGCAACCGUGGCGGUCGCGGCGACAACAAGCGCGGCGACUGGAGAGACCGUCGCGCCGCUGACCAGAAGAACGGAUUCAGCGACAAGAAGGAGGAGCCCAAGGAGGAGCGUAAGGAGAUCCAGAAAGACGCCCGUGGCGUUCCCGUUGUCCAGAGCACCACCGACGAGUCCGCUGGCCAGAAGCGCGCCCGUGAGGAGGACGGUGCCAAUGGCGACCACCCCGCCAAGAAGGUGGAUGCCAAGCAGGAGUAAAGGGAUUGAUGAUAUAAGAUUUGCAAAACAAAAGAAAGAGACUUCGAUACCAGUAUUUCCUCUAUUUCAUGAAAGGGUGUGUGUAUGUGUGU